AAGUUGUUCUCCCACGAAGACCUCGUUUAUUAAAGCAAAUACAUUUAUUUUAAUCGCCGACGUGGAACAAUUCAAUCGAACAACGAUCGGCUCCGAAUCUGCCAGGAGGAAACGAGCUUCGUUAUCGUUGGUGUAUGAAGAAUAACAGAAAGGCUCACAGAUGGCAGUGAGUCUACAGUUACACUGUUAAGGGCAGGAUCAGCAAAAUAGGUUUAGUCAUUCUUGGCCUUUGAGUGACCCCUGUGUGGGAGGGGGCAGAGACAGAAGAGACAUAUAAGAAAUAAAGCAAGGGGGGGAAAAAGGAAGACGGAAAUGAAAACAGAGUGAGGGGCAGCGAGGGGAGGGAGAGAGCUGUAGGAUAACAGAAAGGGAGAAAACAGACACGGGAGAGAGAGAGACAUGUACUGUAGAGCUCCUGGAAACAAAAGGAGGGAGGGGGAUUGCUUCGUCGUCUCUCUUCUCUCCCUCUGGCUUUAAAAAGUGAAACAACUCUUUGAAGAGAGGAGGUGGAGUUGGUGGGGGCACAGUGCUGCACCUUCACCAUCCUGUCUGGACCGUCAGGAGUAUAUAAUGCACGGACGCGGACCUGAAUCCCAGACGCAACGCGGAGCUGCAAACGGACAACCAGCCGAGGACCCGACGCCACGACGACCAUGAACGACGUCAAGCUGGCCCUGCUGGGAAGCCAGGGGGCCGGCAAGUCAGCUGUCCUUGUGCGAUUCUUGACCAGACGCUUUAUUGGUGAAUACGCCUCGAAUGCAAACUCUUUGUACCAUAAGAGGCUGUCGAUCGACGGCAGGCAGCUGAACCUCGAAGUGUUUGACCCCUGCUCUCAGCAGAGCUCCGAGGCCCGGUGCAUCCUGGAGGAGCCAGUGGACUGGGCAGACGGUUUCGUGGUGGUGUACAACAUCAGUGACCGCUCCUCCUUCAUCAACGCCAAAAGCAUCCUGCGGCAGAUCCGGGAGGCGCGCACCGACAGCUGCAAAGGGGACUCUGACGUUCCCGUGUGCCUGGUGGGUAACAAGCAGGACCUGUGCCACGUCCGGCAGGUGCGAGAGGACGAAGGCCGCAGCCUGGCGCAGGAAACCCGCUGCCACUUCCAGGAGGUGUCGGCGGCUGAGAGCUACCAGGACAUCGCCGGCCUCUUCACCCGGCUCAUCCGGCAGGUGAUGGAGCACCUCAAGUACCGAGCCGACCGCCGGCGCUACAGCGGCUCCAAGUCCAUGGCCAAGCUCAUCAACAACGUGUUUGGCAAGAGGAGGAAAUCAGUGUGAUGGUCCCAGUAUGAGAUGACAACAUAGUCAAGCUGGGUGAACUGGGAGGUUGCUUCUUUUUUUUUCUUCUUCUCCUUUUCCAACAAAGCCAUAGUCGAGGCAAGCAGCAGAGCUUCGUGUUCGUUCAGUACCGUUGAAACGUACUCUUGAACAUCUCCACUUCUCACGUUACGGCCACGACUUUAAUCUACUUUCUUGGGAUUUCGUGUAUUAGACACAUAAAGUGGUGCGAAACUGUAAAAUGAAGCUUGGUUUAUGAAUAUUUUUUGCAAAUGAAACCUCCUCUUUGGCCAAACUUAGGUUUAGUCAGAGAUUUUUAAUUGGAUUUAGCUGUAGACAUUGACUAGGCCACAGGAGCACCUGAAUAUGCUUUGAUCUAAAGCAAAACAGCAGCAAUGUCAUAAUUACAAAUUACAAAUGUCAACAUUUCUAUUUUAUUUUUCUUUUGCUAAUGUUGAAAAAACAAUCUUGCAAUUGUGGUAUUUCCGUUAAAUAAAAAAAACGCAUUUAAAACCA